CACAGUUGUGUUGGGACCCAGCAGAGUCUCUUAUCAGAUUGCAGUCUAGAUCCCCACAGUGAACCAAGUGUCUCUAGCCUACUAGACUACAAGUGGUUACAACAAGAGAAAACUCUGACUUAACCGCAAGAUCUCAAGCAGAAACGAGUGGAAGGGACAAAACAAGUGAAACAUCUUAUUCUGAAGCCUGAAACCAGGCAGAAUACAACUUCAAGUACCAUGGACAAAGAAACAGAGGACAUGGAAGAGUUCACCCACGUCGUCGUGUCCGAGGUCGUCGAACAGGCCGCUGCCAACCUCGACGAGCUGAAGCAGGCGAUCUGCCGCUGGCAAGCAGGGGAAGGCAUCACGUCCGAGGACGACAAAAACAAAACCUCUGCUGGUUGUGUCACCCAACAGAAGGUGCGGCAACACCUGGAUAGGUUUUUUACUAAGCGGCGAGCGUUUUCUGAACAUAGUGGGGGCAUCCUACAGGACAAAGAGGUCACCUGCCCCAACACUUUUCCAACCAGGUCUAAACAAAAAAUAACGAUACACUCCUCUUCUUGGACAUCGUGCCAAAGCUGUCCGUAUCCAGAGAGCCUGGCGAAGGAGGCAAAAGCAGCCAAAAUGUUCAUCUCCCAAGUGGUCGAUGAUCAUCAUCAGCAGUCCAUUGAGUCACUGAGGAAACUUCACGCCACUGAUUCCGCCAGCAAAACCGAGAAACCAGCUGGAAAGUCACUUUUCAAAAAGCUACAGUCAGCUUGGAAAAGACGUUUUGGCAGGAGGAUGAGCGAGAAAGUCGAACAAGUUUCAGAGCAACAUGUACACCAGGCCAGCCAGGACAGUGCAGCGUCUUCCAAACAAGACCUGAGAUCCACCCGUUUGGAGCUGGUGGAGAAAGAAGAGGACUCUGUAGAGAUGGAGGUGAGGAAUCGAGCAUCUUCAGCCUCCAGCAGCUCAUCUCCAUCAACCAAUCAGGUAGAUGAUGACGCUCAGCCAGAGAGCCUUCUGCUGGUCGAAACUGCAACAAUUUUUCAAAAUGAGCUGAGGAUUUGGAAAUCCACAGAGUCUUGUGAUGAGGUUCUGACGGCGGCUGAAGAAACUGAGGAGAAGGUAUCUACCCCUGACUUGGCAGACAGCUGCUGUCAGGUCUUGCAGGAAACCUCCAGUCGUACUUCCAUGGCCCAGACAGUUCAAGCCUUGCCUAUUGAAGGCCAGGAAGAAUAUGAAAAGACUGAGACUAGUGGACAGACUACAGAAAGUCCUCAAAACCAAAAGAUCUCAGAGAAAGAGGCAGAAGAUUUCAUAGAAAACGAGGACGUCUGGAUCCCUGAGACAGGAUCAAGCUUCAGACUCUCCACCACGCCAGUGGAGAGCAGCAUAGCUUCUUUCUGUUCGAGCACAACCCCAGCCAUGUUUGAGGUAGCGAACAUGGAUGACAGCCAAAGUGAAGUUUGGAGGAUCAGUUCAACUUCACACCAGUGAGAGUCUUCUUCUGUUUCGAGCACAACCCAGCCUGUUGAGUGGAACAUGAUGCAGCCAAAUAAUUGAGACAUUCAUAGGACAAGUCUGAUUUGAUCAAAGCGAAAGUCGUCACGAGACAUUAUCAAAACGUGAAGCUGGAACGCUUUGGUGUAAAGCAGCGUAAAAAGCUUCCGACAUUUUCAGAUUUUCAUAAUGUUCAGAAAGAGCAGGAUGAAGCUCCCGCUGAGCACCACAUGUAUUUUGGUCUACAGCAAUUAUUUGCUAAACCCCUUGAAGUAAAACCUUCAGAGGCUGACAAUGACCUGGUCAUGACAAUAUAUUCACCUCCAGAAAUAUCAGGAGAGAACGGACAUUCUGUAUUUACACAGGAGGAAAAUGAAGCAGCAGCAGACACGCAGCUAGUCCUGGAUUCUUCCACAAUUUUAGCCAUAAUAAGGAGAUUCUUCCAGAGUCUCAGUGAAGAGCAAUGGAGGGAAGUAAGCGAAGGUGUUUACAAUCAAGAUGUGAAGGAGCAGCUGAUUUACAUGUGCAUGGAUGUGCUGAGCUUCAUCUCAGACUCGGUCAUUAAAAUCUUCUUACAGUCAACGUGCCAGUUGUCCGCCACACCUGGGACCUUAACUCUGUGGAGACCCUUGUCCUCGAAGCAGUUGAUGGAGUUUUUCGACAACAACUUUCAGAGUAGUUUGGAAAGCUCCUUCAGUCAGGCUCUCUGUGAAAUAACUGGUGCUGACACAUCUGCAAGGAUUUUGCACAAAUUCACAGAGGCGAUAGUGGAAGAGGUCACUGAAGAGGUUACUUCUGCCUUAUCAGUGGCCAUACAAGGCCGUCCAUCAUUGGAUGGAAGACCCUCCAGUGCCCCUGUAACUGCCAGCUGCCAGAUGUCAAAGGACAGAGUAGCUAAGAAGACUUUGGCAGGAGCUAUUGCAACUAUGAAAUCCAUUCUCACAGGACGAGGCACCGCAGUCAAGAGAAGGAUUCAGACAAAGAGCGGUUUAGAUCCUGACGUUAAAGAGGUGUCCACCAAGAAAAAAGAGUCACGAUGGAAGAGGCUUUUCAGUCGAAGGCAGAGAAAAGUUCUGUCUUUUGCAACGGACGAUUUGAAUGGAGCUGCCAGAUCAGCCAGUGCUGACUCGGCAUCUAUGCACACUCUAGAGAAACAACAGCUUUCUUGGUUUACUCGAGAGUCCUCCAUGUCCUCUCCCAGUGCUGCCCUGAAGACAGACCCGUGGCCCACUCCGCUAGAGCUGGUAGACUACAUGGAGGUUGAGGGCAUGACACCAGAAGAUUUUAUCUCAUCUCUGUUUCAAUUCCUCGAGGAUGAACCUUUGUCCGACUUGGCAUCUAUGCAAACUCUGGAGAAACAACAGCUUUCUUGGGUUCCUCAAGAGUCCUCCACGUCCUCUCCCAGUGCUGCCCUGAAGACAGACCUGUGGUCCACUCCGCUAGAGUUGGUAGACUACAUGGAGGUUGAGGACAUGACACCAGAAGAUUUUGUCUCAUCUCUGUUACAAGAAGAGAAGACCGCUUCUUCUCAGUCUCCGUCCGAUGACUCUGGUGACGAGGAAACCGUCAUUCAGAUCUCUGCCAGCCAGUGUCUCAGUGCCAACGAAACCAAGGCAACGGAGAGAAACGGCCUCUGCUGCUUUUUCUGCAACAUAUUCUCAAAGAAGAAGAAGGAGGAGGAGGAGAAGAAGGAGAAGAAGACAAAGACUCCUUUGUGGAUGCAGCUCUUUUGCUCCCCCCUUCCCUUUUAA